CUACGUAAUUUUAUCUUUUCCGUUAACCAAACAUUCCUAUAUCCAAUGAUAGAAGGCGCGCUUGGACAGCAAAUAGCUCAACACUGCUUUUGCUUUGGUUCCCACUUUCCAGUGGUUUUUCCACUCAAUGUCAGCGAUGGAGGAAGCCGUAGUUCUCUACCCAACACCACCAAUUGGCCACCUGAGAGCCACGGUGGAGUUAGGCAAGGCCCUCCUCAGUCAUCAGCCUUCACUCUCCAUCCACGUCCUUAUCGCCACCCCUCCUUACCAAGCCGAUGCGACCGCUCCAUAUAUCGCCGCCGUCUCUUCCACCAUGCCUUCCAUCACUUUUCACAAGCUACCUAAAGUCACCCUCCCUCCAUCUUCCAACGUCGCCAACCACGAGGACCUUACUUUUGAGAUCCUCCGCCUGAACAACUCCAACGUUCUUCAAGCUCUGGUUUCCAUCUCCAAGAAGUACAAAGUUCAGGCCUUAAUCAUGGAUUUUUUCAUCAGCACCGCUUUCAAAGUGGCGACUGAUCUCAAUAUCCGCCCUUACUACUUCUACACCAGUUGCGCUGGUUCUCUUGCUUCUUUCAUUUAUCUGCCAACACUUCACAGGAACACCACCAAAAGCUUCAAAGAUCUCAACGUUCUUCUUGAUAUACCGGGCGUGCCACCAAUUCCAGCUAAAGAUAUGGCAAAACCAAUACUCGACCGCACCGAAAAGGCCUAUGAAUUCUUCUUUGAUGUCUCCAAGAACAUGCCCAAGUCAGCUGGGAUUAUAAAUAACACUUUUGAGGCCCUCGAGCCAAGAGUUAUCAAAGCAAUUUGCGAUGGGCUCUGUGUGCCGGAUGGUCCAACAGCUCCCUUAUACUGCAUCGGACCGUUGAUUUCUUCGGUUGAUGAGCGGAGAAGUAGAGGUAACCCUGGUGAUAGUGUUGCCGAGUGCUUAACGUGGCUAGACUCUCAACCCAGUAAAAGUGUAGUGUAUUUGUGUUUUGGUAGCUUGGGUUUGUUUCCAAGGGAACAGUUGAGGGAAAUAGCUGUGGGGUUAGAGCGAAGUGGGCAAAGGUUCUUGUGGGUGGUGAGGAACCCUCCUUCAGGAAGCCUAGGCGUGGCUAUUAAGGAACAAGCCGAGCCAGAUUUGAACGCCUUGCUUCCUGAAGGGUUCUUGGAGAGGACCGAGGAGAGGGGACUCGUGCUCAAAUCAUGGGCGCCGCAGGUGGCGAUCUUGAAUCAUGAUUCUGUGGGUGGGUUCGUGACUCAUUGUGGCUGGAACUCAGUACUGGAAUCCGUGACCGCCGGCGUUCCAAUGGUGGCGUGGCCUCUCUAUGCAGAGCAAAGGUACAAUCGAGUGUUGCUAGUGGAGGAGAUCAAGAUCGCUUUGCCGAUCGUGGAGUCAGAGUACGGGUUCGUGAAUGCUACUGAAGUGGAGAAGCGAGUUACAGAUUUGAUGGAGUCCAAAGAAGGUAACCUGGUUAGGGAGCGAACCAUAGCUAUGAAACACGCCGCCAAGACUGCGUUGGGUGAGGGAGGUUCCUCCCGUGUAGCACUAGCGAAACUCGUUGAGUCAUGGAAGCAAGACUGAGUCGUCUGAUUCGGUUCUAGUCGGUCCAACGAAAUAAGAGCUAUCGAAAAUCGGUCAGAACCUUUCUCUUCGACCUUUUUUUUUUUUUUUUGAUAUCCCCCGUUUUCUCUUUUUGAGGACCGAGUAAGCUGUCAAUUUGUCUUUCAAGUGCUUUGCCAAUUUCAUUGUCAAGUAAAUUUAAAAAA